AUGUCACCACCUCUUUCGAUUAUUGCCAACGGGGUAAAUUCCCCAGAGUUGAAUUGGAGACAGAUCAUCCUUAGUUUGUCAACGGCCAAUUUCAUAUUCAAGAGUUAUAUGAAUCUAUGCCAAUUCGGCGUUUUACGGAGAGCCAAGCCCCCUAAAGCUUUAGAGGCCGAUGCCACACAAGAUACCUACGAUAAAUCCAGAGCAUACGCUCUCGACAAGAUCAAACAUACCAUCGCUUUAAAUAUUUGGCUGUACUGUGAGGAUUUAGUUUACAUCAAGUUCAACGUCUACUUGGCAUUAUGGCAGGCUCCUGUUCGUGCCAGCUCUAUUCUUGGUUUUGCAACUGGCGAAAUUACGCAGUCAGUCAUCCUAGUUGUUAUCUACUCAAUUAUCACCCAAACCUUGAUGGCCUUCCCUUUAAAGUACUAUAGGGGUUCCAACAACCCCACAUUCUCUCAGUGGCUCAUGAAUGAGCUAAAAGAAAAUAUCAUCCUGUUGGUGUUAGUAUCGUUGUUGACGGCUGUAACUUUGAAAGUGGUUGAAUUGGCUGGAGACCUGUUUAUCUGGUACACAUGGCUCUUUAUUGAGAUUAUUUUUGUGGCAGUGAAAAUAUUGUAUCCUUACUUGAUUUUGCCCUUGUUUCACAAGUCGAAACCUCUUGAUUCGGGAAAGUUAAAAGAUUUCAUUGAUCGUUUGGCUCACGAGAAAAAGUUCCCACUUAACAGCGUCAAUGUCAUCGAUGGCUCUAAAAAUUCCUCGCAUUCAAACGCAUUCUUCACCGGCCUCCCAUGGUCAAAGCAUAUUUUCCUCCACGAUACCAUGGUUGACAAAUUUGGAGUAGAGGAAGCAGCCGCAGUUUUGGUCCACGAAAUUGGUCAUUGGGAAUUGAACCAUACGUUGAUAGUAACGGUCUAUGAACAAUUUCAACUUCUACUCAUACUGUUCGUCUUUUCGCUUUUCAGCAACAACCCAUAUUUGUACUCCUCGUUUGGGUUUGGUAACCACACGCCAGCUUGUGUGAAGUUCAUGAUCCUCUGCUACUUCCUCACCCCCAUGAAUUGUGCUUUACAGUUCUUGUCCAAUGUUUUGACGCGCAAGAAUGAAUACGAGGCUGAUGCUUAUGUGGUGAGCCUGAAUUAUGAGGAACACAUUGCCGCUGCCUUGAUUAAGCUCAAUAAAGACAAUAAGGCGGUGUUGGAUACUCAUUGGUUGUAUUCAACAUAUCAUCAUUCGCAUCCUUUGUUGCAAGAGAGAUUGAAGGCAAUCAAACACUUAUCCAGUAAGGAGAAAUGA